AUGGCCGCGAUACUGGAUAAAAUUGAGAAAGAAGUGAAUCAACUCGACAACAGGAGCGACACCGAGUUUUCACAUUCAUCCAGGACCCACUUUGACGACGACGCGACACUCUAUGAUAAGAAAUGCCUGUUGGUAGACAGGCAGAUAGACGCGUUUGGCAUGGGCCGCUACCAAUGGAUGAUCUGGUCACUGUGUGGUCUUGGAUAUCUCAUCGACCUGAUGUGGGCGCAAGCUUUUGGGCUCGUUCUGUCUCCACUGCAACAAGAAUUGGGUUUUGGCAACGAUGAGACAGGAAAAUUGUCCACUGCAUUCUCCGUAGGGCUUACAGCAGGAGCAUUUGCAUGGGGCAUUUUGGUAGAUGUCAUUGGCAGGCGGUGGGCCUUCAAUCUCACCGUCCUCAUUGCCUGCGUCUUCGGAUUGUGUCUGGGUGCACCGAAUGACUACAACACAAUCCUGAUACUCACUGCUUUGACGGGAUUCGGAGUCGGCGGUAAUAUCCCAAUUGACACUACCAUCACUCUCGAGUUUACCCCAGAGAGCAGGCGUUAUCUCCUUCCCCUGCUUUCCAUCUUCCAGCCUUUGGGUGUGGUCAUCUGCAGUGUCAUGGCCUAUGGUUUUAUACCCGUUCACAGUUGUUCACCAAACUUCUCAGAAGCCGGUCCACUGCCUUCAUGUAAGAAUGUCGACGUAGAUGUGGCAUGCUGCAAGAAGGAAGAUAAUGUAGGCUGGAGGUAUCUGCUUUACACGCUGGGCGCAUUGACUUUGCUCGUCUUUGUUCUACGCUCUGUCGUCUUCCGAUUCCAAGAAUCGCCAAAAUUCCUACUCUACCGAGGCAGAGACGCCGAGGCAAUUGAUGUGCUGGAGAACAUAGCGCUGUACAACAAAACAACGUGCAGUCUGACCCUGGAGCAGCUGCAAGCUGUGGAGCGAGAACACAACACGCUUAUGAUCAACGCCAACUCGAAAGGGGAAAUACCCACUUGGUCAGGUAGCAUCAGACAAGAGCUCGCACGCUUCAAGAUCCUCUUCUCCUCACCACAAAUGAUCCGUCUCACCACGCUUGUCUGGCUAACCUAUAUUUGCGAUUUCACUGGCUUCACGGUCGCCGGCUCGUACUUGCCGCGUAUCAUCGCGUUGAAGAAUGGCGCACUUCACCUCUCCCUCGACUACACAUACCGCUCCUAUAUCCUCAUCUACCUCCCAGGUACCGUUGGUGUUCUACUUGGCUCUCUGCUAUACCGCACCCCUAAUAUUGGGCGCAAGUACACCAUGGUUGUGUCGUCAUUCCUCAUGUCCGUCAGCAUCUUCGUGUUCAGCACUGUUAACAGCCCCGCUUCCAACAUUGGAUUGAAUGCAAUGGAGUAUUUCUUUCAGAGUAUGUUCAACGCCGUACUGUAUGGUUGGACACCGGAGGCUUUCCCGGCGCAGAUUCGGGGUACGGCAUGCGGUGUAGCAAGUUUCUGGGGCAGACUAUUCGGGAUUAUCAGUCCUCUCAUUGCGCAGCAUCUAUAUGCAAGGAGCAGAGAUGACAAGGGAGAUGUUAACAGUGUACUGUAUCUCGCUGGCGGUGUGACUUUGGGGUGUGUGAUAACAACGGCGCUUCUGCCAGGAAAAGCGCUGAAAAGGUAA